CACACACACCUCCUGCUCGCUCCUCUCCUCGCUCUCCCUCUCAGAGUUGUUCAGACUUGAGGGAGGAAUGGCGGCCCCUCGGAGUUUCUUCAUCUCUCUCUCCGGUUUAUUUCUCGUGUUUUAUUUCUCCUGUGGAUCUACGACAUCAGGCAAUAAAAGAGCAAACCAGGAGCGAUGCGGGUUCAAGGCGCAGUCCGGUGCAGAUGGAGGUCGCAGGCUGGCCGUCACCUUCAGAGCUGACAACUGUUCGUUAAACUAUCCUCUGGGGAAACACGUGAUCCACGAAGUCACCAACGUCUCCUUCAGCCACCUGGCCUGCGAGGAUCAGGCCGCCGUGGUCGUCCACUGGUCUGCCAGUCCACUAGGGAUCGAACACAUUAAAGGCUUCAGGGUUUAUCUGGAGGACAAGAAUCCAGAAGGGAAACAGUGUCAACAUCUGAUCCUCAAAGACCCCCGACAGCUCAACUUCUCCUACAGGAACACGAAGCUGAGCAGUCAGCCGUUCGGCGGUUUGAACUUUGACACGGACUACAUGAUUCGUGUUGUUCCUUUCCCGACUCUGAUGAACGAGAGCUUCUUCCCUCCAUCCUUCCUCAGGACCAACUCGUGUGAAGUCCUCCUCGGAUCAGACAACCUGGUUUGCAAACCCUUCUGGAAGCCAAAGACCUUGAACGUCUCACAGCUGGGGUCAAACCUCCACGUGGCGUUCGACCAGGCUCCGGCCUCCUUUGGCUUCCACUUCUACUACCUGUACUACAAACUGCGGCAGGACGGACCCUUCAGACUACAGCGCUGCAAACCCGACGUGAACCAGCUCAGAACUACGUGCAUCCUCCAGGACGUCACUCCAGGGACCUACACUAUAGAGCUGAGAGAUGACAGUAACACGACGAGGAGGCAGACUCAGUACCACGUCAGCCAGGUCCACUCCCCCUGGGCGGGGCCUAUUCGUGCCAUGGCCAUCACAGUGCCUCUGGUCAUCAUGUCUGCCUUCGCCACUCUCUUCACUGUCAUGUGUCGCAAGAAACAACAAGAAAACAUCUACAGCCAGCUGGAUGAAGAGAGCAGCGAGUCGUCCAAUCAGAGUGCAGCGUUGAACACCGAGCGGCCGUGGCCCCGCCCCAAAGUCUUCAUCUGUUACUCCAGCAGAGAUUGUCCUAAACACACCAGUGUUAUCCAGAGCUUUGCCUACUUCCUGCAGGACUUCUGCAACUGUGAGGUUGUGUUGGACCUUUGGGAACACCUGGAGAUGUGCAGAGAGGGUCAGAUGUCGUGGCUGAGCAGACAGCUGGACGAAGCCAACUUCAUCAUCACCGUCUGUUCCAAAGGCCUGCGCUACUACGUGGAAAAGAAGAGUCGCAGGGGGAAGACGCCAGUCAGUCGUCGAAGUAACAGCAGCAGCAGCUCUCCGACUGGUGGAUCAGGCAGUGACCUGUUCAUCGUGAGCGUGGCCAUGAUCGCUGAGAAGCUGCGGCUGGCGAAGCAGAGCGAGGGGGGCGGAGCUCAGGAGCUGAACCGCUUCAUGACGGUUUACUUCGACUACUCAACGGAAAACGACAUCCCCACCAUGCUGAGUCUGGCUCCCAGGUUUAAGCUGAUGGAUCAGCUGCCUCAGCUGUUCAGUCGGCUUCACUCCAGUCAGUCCAGUUUGUCUGAUCGUGAGUCGCAGCCUCUCAGCGUCUCCAGGAGGAACUACUUCAGAAGUAAAUCCGGACGCUCGCUUUACGUUUCCAUCUGCAACAUGCACCAGCACAUCAGCCAGAACCCUGACUGGUUUGAGAAGCAGCUGGUUCCUUCAGGAGGCUCCUCAGCCUCCUCCAAACAUCCUUCUCCGCCUGCUGACCAGGCCCCAAGCCCUCCUCCAAAGCCACACUGCUCCUCCUCCUCCUCCUCCUCCUCAUGUCAACCAGAGCACUCCGGCUUGGUGCUGAACGAGGUGGUGAUGAAGACGCCGGCGCUGGAGGGCGACAACGGAGCACCGAGGAGGAACAUGCUGCUGCUGGCUCCUGGCUCCAGUCUCAGCCUUAACCAAGGCCCCAGCCACAGUCCCAUUCCCAGCCCUGGUCUCUGUCCCAGUCCUGGUCUCUGUCCCAGUCCAAGCCUGCCACACUGCUCUCUGUCCAUGCAGGGACCCACUUCAAGGUCCACUUCUGGAAUAUCUGGACUGUUACCAGAAGAGUCUUCCUCCUCCUCCUCCUCCUCCUCUGCUCCAUCCAUCCUCCAGGAUGGACUGUGUCCCGUCUCUUCUCCGGCAGAAGAAGGCCAGUCUUCCCCUCCAGAGCUCCCUCCUCCUCGUGACUCAGGCAUCUAUGAUUCGUCUGUCCCGUCCUCAGAGCUUUCUAUUCCCCUGAUGGAGGGACUGUCACAUGACCAGGCUGACUCCUCCUCCCUGGCCGACAGUGAAUCAUCUUCUUCCGGGCUGGGUGACGAGGAGCCACCUGCUGUCACGUCGCUUCGCUGCAGCGCCGCCACAGUUUGUAAAGCUGAGCUGCACCACCAUCACCACCUGGAGCACAGUGACGGACUCACACCUGUGGCGUCACUGUAGGGGACGCCUCCUGCCGGUCAAAACAGCGAUGUCAUCACAGGGACAAAAACGUACUGGUCUUGGACCCGAACUCCUCCUUAAAAGUGCCGUCGUCCCGUCGUCAUGGGAACAGAACUGGAACUAAUUAAAAGGCACUGCAGUGGUUCACCUGCAGAAGGUUCUAGAAUGCCGGUGCGUGGUAACUGCGGUAACGGCGGAGUUCUAGAACGCUGGUCUGUGGUAACUAUGGUAACCACUGAGCUCUAGAACACGAGUCGCCUGUGACCAUGCUAAUCACUGCGUUCUGGAACACUGAUGGCUACGAUAACUUUGCUAACAGCUGAGUUCUGUGACACUCUCCAUGGUGAACAUGGUAACUCCUGUAUCUAGAGUACUGUUCUUGUUAACGAUGGUAGCCACAGAGCUCCAGAACACUAGGCCUUGGUACUUAGUACAACCGCUGAACAGUAGUCCCCAGAAACCAUGGUAAGCACAGCAUUUUACAAUGCUGGUCCCUGGUAACUACCAUAGAGCAGUACUCCCUGUUGACUUACGGUACUUUGUUUGCCUCUCUGGUCCCCCUUCCUGGAUGAUUUUUGAAGGACUAGAUCUCCAGAUGCUGCAGAGUGGACCAGUUCAGACCAAAGACUGCCUCAGCACUGCGUCUCGAAUGAUCGACAGACAGCUGACUCUUGUAUGAGUUGAUGAGUUAACCAAAAUGCGAUUGUGAAUCGGGCACUUUUUGAUGCAGGAAGGCAGGAAGAAGACACAAAGCCACAAACGUGUCCACAUGUUUCCCCCUGCUGGAUGGAUGAAAGCACUGCAGCACAUGUCAACACCUUAAGGACAUUGUCAGUAUGUCCACUAAAUGCUUUGGGGCAAACCACAUUCAUCAUGAAUGCUGUUGUUUUAAAAGUGACCUUUUGUUUCAUUUUGUGAUUUUAUUUUACGAAUAGGGUUUUUCAGUGUAAAGGGGAAUUCCUCACAAAUUGUAAUGGUACAUUUUAUUAAUAUUAAUUGGAUUUUAACGACCGCUGGAUUUUUCCUCUUGUGUGUUACCUUAUGUUAAAAUGCUUUCGACAUAGAAAUGUCUUUUUAAUGUUUGUUCACAAUGACCCAUCAUUGGAGCAGCAGGUAACACGAUGACCGUUGCCUGAUCAUAAACCAUUAAACUGUCAGAGAAUUUUGAAAGACUAGAACCUGCAAAUGUGAUAUAAUAAGAUGGAAGAAUUGUGUGAAUUACGUGUACUUUUUAACUAAAUUUUAUUUUCUCUGAAUUUUAAUUCACAAAUUCAGAACAUGUAAUUUAAAUCAAUUCGGCUGGUCACUCCUGCACCAUAAUGUAUUGAAUGCUGUGGCAUGUUGUUAAGUUUGUGGUUAUGUAUUUUAAAGUAUUGAAUAUUACUGUUACAUUUAUUGUCACAUUUAUUUCUUAAUGCUUUGUAAUCCUUUUCUAACGUUGAUGAUAAGGGCAUUAUGAACAGAGAGGCUUUUGUACUACAAUGACCAAACCACUUUAAAGAUGCCACUAUGGGAGCCCAUUUGUGCCAGGAUGAGAAAUAAAUUCAUCAACUGUUGUCAAAUUUGUCAAAAUGAUGAAAUAAUGUGAAAUAUUUUAUUUCAAUUUUGAAGUCAAAAUUAUGAUAAAAAAAUCUAAAUUAUAAGUAAGUAAAGUAAGUCAACAUUUUGAUUUAAGUGAUCAGAAAUUAUCUAAUAAUUUCCACUUUAAUUCUGGCUUGAAAAGGGAAACGUUAUUGAUUCUGAUUCAGCUUGAGAACUUUUAUUUUAAUAAUUCCUCACUUUGUUUCCUGGUGCAAACAAGCUUCCAUAAACUUUUUGAACACAUUUCAUAUCUGACACGUAGAAGGCAGCCACGUCGGUCAGUUAUUGAUUGUUGCUGUCAUUUUGUUCUUCUGACUCAAAUGUUCGAGCUGUUGCUGAAGGCCGAGUGACAAGUUGUGGUUCGCCUGCGGGUUAGUUGCAAGUUUGUAAGGGAAGAUUCAGCAUUUCCUGUGUCUGCUUGUAAAUAUUAUUUUUAUUUUUACCUGGAAAUGUCUGUUCUGCUUCAAUUUUGUAUUGUUAGACUUUUGUUUUAAUAUUUUUCUACAUUUUUUAGGAAUGUACUGUUUUAUAGUACCUUAAUGUAGGAAACAUAGAUCCAGCAAAUAAAAUGUGCUUCUUCUCA